AUUAGGGGGAGAUAAUUACCCGUUGUCGGUAGCUCAAGGAAGAAUGAAGUAAAAAGGCCAAGUAGCUGUGGAAUGGGUUGUUUGACAGGAUGUUUUCAUUCUGAACAAGGAAGUUAUGAUGACAAUAGACCAAAAAAAAUGACCAACAAUCGAUCGUCUGCGGUUUUGGACUGGUCGAACGUUUCUCAAUAUACUGGAUAUCUUUAUAAAAAGCCAUUUGGACAUCCAUCAAAUAAAUGGUCUAAAAGAUUUUUUGUUGUGAAAGAUGGCUACCUGUUUUAUUAUACCGAACAAGAAAGAAAAGAUAUGGAAAAAAGAAAAUACAUCAGUAUUCAUCCUAAGGGAUUUAUUCCUUUAGGAGAAUCUAUCAUUAGUAUUCAUAAUGAAGAAACUCAAUAUUCAGCUUUCACAAUCUACAGUACAGAACUUAAUAUGACCUACUUGUUAGGUACAGAAAGUAAUUAUGAUAGAACUAAAGUGUUGGAACAUUUAGAAAAGGCACAGAAAAUAACCUGGAAGAAUGCUCAGUUAAUGGAUAAUAUGAUCAAACAAUUAGAAGAUCAGGGAUUACAAAUGGCAAAACAAAAACAGGUGUAUUUUGAUAAACUGCAGUCAGAGAUUUCAGCUUUAUCUGAUGAAAAACAGAAAACUGAGGAAUUAGAGCAAAUAAACAGUGAAUUGGCAAAAGAGAAAGCAAAACUAGAACAGUAUCAUGAAGAAUUGAUGAAAGAUUAUGAACAAAUGAAAGAUGAAUUGGAUAAUACCAUAGAAAGUAUGAAGACACUAGAGGCAGACAGUGCAGAAUUGUCACAAACAUUACAGGAAAAAGAUACAAUGUUAAAGAGUUUAGCCAAAGACAAAGACAGAGUGUUAACACAACUACAAGAUAAAGAAAAUCUUAUAAAUAGAGAAUUUGAAGAUUUGUCUCAGACCAGAGAGGAAUUAAAACUGGCAUUGAAACAGAUAGAGGAUGACACACAGGCUUUGUUAAACGAUAAAUCUGUUGCAGUAGACAAGUUACAGGAAAAUGAAUCUAUCAUACAGCAACUUGAGGAAGAGAAAAAAUCUAUAUGUGAUCAGGCCACUGAGUUGAAGGAAACUAUUAGGGAUUUGAGAACACAGAAAGAAAUGACUGAGGCAGAAUUAAAGGAGGAAAUAGUGGCAAGAAUGGCAGCAGAGAAGAAGUUACGAGAUGCUAAUAUAUCACUAGAUAGACUAGAUACAGCUGUGUCAUUACAGACACCUAAUAUAAACCAUGAAAUCAAAGAAGAGAUGAAGACCAAUGUCAAAAAUCUUAAACGUUUCUUUGAAGACUUGGCAACAGAAGCAGCCAUUGACUCAGAUAAACCUGUGAUAGUUAAGAAUUCUAUACACGCCAGGAAAACUAUAGCCAGACGGGUUAAAACAAUGAAAUUAGAUAGACGGAAAUCUAAUAGGAUGAGAGCACAAGAUUUGUUUAGUAGUAUGAGCACAGCUUUUUGAUGUAUACGUAUAAGAUCAACCAAUUUAGAACAAGUGAAGAUGAAAUUACCCAGGCGAGCAGCUACUACUUAUAUGAAAGGACCAAUCAGUGAUGAAGAUCUGCAAGAACUUAUGAACCCUAACUCACGUGUAUCUAUUAGUCCUAAUGCUUCGAUAAAAACUAAAGUUGUAUUUACAGAACAUUUAUGAUAGAAAACUCAUGU